UGCAGUCAGCCGUACAUGGAGAAUGUCUCUCUUCUUCUACUAGGCCAGUUUUCUGCUCCGUCACGUGAUAUUGCGGAUGGGCUCUCGAUUCAAAUCCGGGUUGAAACGAAGUGACUUGAGAAAAAAUGGCCGAGAAGAAGAAAGAUAAGAGUGAGGAGGUGGUAGAGUAUCUUCUAGAUAAGAGUGAAGAGGUGGUAGACUAUGCCAAGAAACAGAGAUGGUGGAACAAAGUUUUUGGCAAGAACUCUGGGCCAGUAGCAGAGAAGUAUGAUGUUGCCACCCAGCUUGCCAUUGGUGGAGUGUCUGGCUGGUGUGCUGGGUAUUUGUUCCAGAAAGUUGGAAAGCUGGCGGCUUCAGCAGUGGGUGGAGGCUUCUUUUUGCUUCAGAUUGCCAACCACACAGGGUACAUCAAAGUGGACUGGAAGAGAGUGGAGCGUGAUGUAAACAAGGCCAAGAAGCAGCUGAAGUUGAAUACAGAAAAGCCCAGUAAGGAAGUCAGGACAAAAGUGGAUGAGGUGCAGACAUUUGUGAAGAAGAAUAUUGUCCUCACAGGAGGUUUUGCUGGUGGAUUUCUGCUGGGCUUGGCCUCCUAAAUCUACAAAUUAAUCUCUUUAUUUAAUAUUGUGUCAAAUACAAGGCUGAAAAAAAGCUUAAACCUAACCAGCUAUCUAGAUAUGCAAGUAGACUACAUAUCAAUAAUAUGUCAAACUGUAACUCAUAGGCUUGAUGUGUGUUGUUGGGCUCAUGAGAAUGCGUCCAAUUGAAAACACAACCAUUUAAAAAACUAUGUUUAUCAUUGAGGCUUAUGCAUGACCUAUUUAAUUUAUUAUUACAUUUUCCUAUGCAUUAUUCUGGUAUAAUACAGUACUUAUUUGAGAUAUGGUUUGAAAUCCACCAAAAUAUGUCUACCUGGAUACAUGUAAAUGCAUUCUGUCAGAUGGAACUGGAGCAAAGCCCUUUUAACUUGUUUUCCCUAAUUUGGGAUUUGUUUAGUAAUAUCCUUCAUUUUCUAAAUUGUUAAGAUCAAGGUUGUAUGUGUGUUUAUGUUCCUUCAAACCAAAGGGUCUGCGUUACAAACAGAAAUACAUGUGUGAGUAAGUACUGUACAAGGGGACUAAGAGGCUGCAGUAACACAAGUUUGAAUGGUAUUAGACAUCAUAUUUUCUUACCUAAAAUUCCAAAGUGUAAUUCAAGGACAAUCAUGGUGUGUGCAUGUUAAUCAUCCCAAAUAGUAGUGACUUAUUUACCAGUGGAUGAGGAUGCGUGUCAAGUUCUUACUUGAGACCAGGGAGUUAGAAAGCCAGACUGGACAUAUCUGGCGUUCUAAAUCCCUGCUUGAGACUGAGGUCUGAGUCAGAUUUGUUUGCAAGUACAGAUUGUGUUGAUUUAAAGUUGCAUGAUCAAAAGCUGCCGCACAGCAUACAAGAGUCCAGUGUAUUUACAAAUGACUAAGGACAAUUAUGGAAUGUACUGUAAUACAUGGAACAUAUCAAUAAGCCUUUGGUAGAGAACAUGUGAUGAGGUAAUGCACUGAUAGGAAUGCAGGUUUGCUACAAUUAUUUCUCCAAUGUUUAUCCUCCUCAAUGCAACCCUUACCCAAUUACUUAGCAAAGUGUAAAAUGUGCUGUUCAAAAGCUUCAUAGUAUUUUUUUCACCGUUUAAAAUUCUAUAUUUUGUUACAAACAAAAUGUAAAAUUCUGGGAGAAGUAAUAAAAAAGUGAACUGUCUUUUUAGAAUGA